CUCCUGGGCAGAACGAGUAACUUACAAAUCGUGACACCAUGCCAAUCGACGUUCCUGCGACCAUCAGGUCUGCAGAUAUUGGGCGCUAUGCGAUCCGAGCGGCCCAGAUCGAACAGGCGAAGCCGAUCGUCGCGUACUGGUGCAACUUCCAUGUUGUCAAUCAGAUCAUUGAUCGUGGCUUGCACACCUCCGAUGAAGAAGUCAAGCUGUAUACGAUGAGCCUGGUGGACCAGUUGGAGCAGUUCAAAACCGACAACCCAGACAAUGAUGCCAUUACGGAUAGCGUGACUGCGAAUGCAUAUGUAGAAGAGUUUGGUUUGGAGGUCUUUGGCCGAGCGGAUAAUGCUAUGAGAGCGAACAAAGUCACCAGGCAAACGGCAGAUACAUUCCAGGCUGCGGCGACGUUCCUUGAGCUGUGCCAGGUCUGGGGUCCUCUUGAUCCAGAGCUGGCGGCCAAGGUCAAGUUCGCCAAGUACCACGCCCUGCGGAUCGUCAAGGCGAUCAAAGCGGGCGAAGACCCCAACUCGACAAACCCGGCACCCCAGGAGACAGACCCAGAAGUUCUGCUGGAUGCUGGAGAUAUCAAUGCACUGGAGACGCAAGGUAAACAGCCCUCCGUGGAGGAGGUGCCAGAUGAGGCCGAUCGCCUGUCGCGGCAGCUUGCCGGGCAGUCGACGCUCGAUGAGUCUCUGCAUCCGUCCCGAUCUUCGUCAAUUCCUCCCUCGGCAGCGGCACCUCGACCUCACGUUCCGUCUUCCCUUCCCACUGUCCCGUCUGGACUGGCUCAUGAGACCAACGUAGACAACGACCAGGACGGUACCCUCAAGCUCCCUUCUGCACCUGCCACUCUGAAAGCGCCGUCGGCAUCGUCACCGUCAGUGCCGGAUCUGCCAGAUACCCCAUCGAGCCUCAAUCUGGGUGCUUCACGCCCCUCAACUCUUCCAGACACUUUUCACUCUUUUCCUUCUCCCUCCGCGCUUCCUCCUUCUCACACUCAAGAUGCAAGCCCAUUUUAUGCACCGAGUGUCCCCCCAGUUCAGCCACCUGUGAACCCUGUCCAUGUCCCACGCCCGUCCGUGCCGGUGGCUCAGCCAUCAGUGCCUCAAUCUGCUCUGCAGGCUGUGGACGACCAGUCGAUUGCUCUGGCUCAAAAGCAUGCACGCUGGGCCGUCUCCGCGCUGACAUUUGAUGAUGUGAACACUGCCAUUAAAGAGCUUCGAAAUUCAUUGAGAUGCCUGGGAGCCGAUGGCGUGUGAGCCUGUCAGAGGCUUUUAUCUAUACUGCUUUUUGUACAAAAGUGUGUCAUAAGACUCCCUGUAGUAUAGGUAUCUUACUCUCUAUUAGCUUUCAGUAAAGUUAACUGGAUUGUCAGUCUCAGUGAUAUUGAUUCUUAUAGCUAGUGAUUUUUAAGAAAGAGAAUUCUAAGAACAAGUCACUAUAAUCCAUAUAACUUUGAAUAUCAGUUUAAGCUCGAUUAAUAUUCACUGCUUGCUACUGUCUUGAUAACAACACAUCUCC